CUUGCUUCACCAAAAUGGAAACUUGUGGGUUUAUCUAUGUGAGCCGAGACUACAAAACGUUUCUGAUGCGAUGCUCGUAUUGCCCCAUAGACGUUGAGGUGGAAAAAUGGCAGGAAUUUGUGAUGCACUAUCGCAAUAUGCACAGCGCUUUGGAAUUGGAUGCCGAACAUAGGGGCAUGGACUUGGACGCCAACUCCAGCAUUAAAGCAGAAUUUCUGGAUGAAGAUUACCAGGAUGACGACGCAACCGACGAAGAAGGUGAAAAGGAUGACGAAAAAGAGCAUCUGAAGCAUCUGGACAAUCUAAAAGACGUGCUACCUCAAGAUAAUGAAGUUCAAGAUGGCACAAAAAUACAGUUGGAAAUCGAGGCUGUCACUUCGCAGACAGUCUCCUCGCUAUACGAGUCGGAUUCAGAGACAAGUCAAACCGAGUAUGUGGAAACGGACUUGAAAGCUGAUUCAAAUAGAUCUGCAGAAAAAGAGGAUGAAAAGACUGCGCUGGCUACUCCCAUAUACAAGUUUCACCCAUCGUUCUUUCGCCGGGAUCCUCGAACGCUAACGUUAAUUAAGCUCUACAAGGAACAUCCCUGCCUUUGGAACCCGGAAAAUAGCCACUAUAAGGACCCCAAUGCAUGCAAGGAAGCCUAUCGAAAGAUGAUAUGUGAUUUGGAGGCGAAGGCAGCGAUGUUUUUAAAUGAAAUCUCGCUAAAAGCUUCCAUAAGAAAGAUUCAUCUGCAAUACAACACCGUUCACAAGCGAAUGCUCUGCGGCACCCAGAAGUCCCAAUCAGUGGCGUUCACCCAUUACACACUCUGUAGUUUUUUACAAGACUGCGGGGAUCAGAAGGACCUGUACAAAAACGAAAAAAUACGGCUGGACUUCACCAAGAAAAAUAAGCUUACUACAGAGCUAAUAGAGCUAUACGGGAACUUUCCGCAACUCUACGAUCACACCCACAGCGAGUUCUCCAGCAUGAAUUCCCGCAAGCAGGCCUAUGAGAGUUUGGCUGUCGAAAUCUCGGUGCCGAAUGUGGAUAUCAACAGCGAUGAUAUCUUUCGGGCCAUCCAAAACAUACGACAAUGGUACUACAAGAGCUCGAAACAUGGUAUCAACGCUGGCAAUGAGGCAGAGCAGUUUUAUUUGAAGGUCUGUCGGUUCCUGCCUCCGAAAAUGUUCAAGCAGAGGUUGGUUUGUGAAAUUUGCCAUAUAGUCACCUCAUCCGAUCACGUGCUCCAGUCGCACAUCUUCAAGGCUCAUAAUAUUGGCGAGCUGCCCUUUAAGUGCACUCUAUGCGAUCGGAGCUUCGUUGGACGGGGUGAACUAGCCAACCACAAGCAACGGGUUCACAUUGGCAAGACGCACCAAUGCGGCCAUUGCGAAAGGAGUUUUGCCGUCAAGUCGGAUUUGCAAUUGCAUAUCCGUACGCAUACUGGCCAGAAGCCCUUCGUCUGCGAGCUGUGUGGCAAGGCAUUUCGACUGAAGUCGCAGAUGAAUCUCCAUGUCACUGCAAUUCACACGAAAGUAAGAGCCUUCAAGUGCACAAUGUGUCCCAAGGAUUUUGUGAAAAAAGUCGACUUGUCGGAUCAUAUCAAGAGCCAUUUGAAUAUCCGCGACAAAAUUUGCACAAUUUGCGGCAAAGGAUUUACGAGCUGCCACUCGCUAAUCCGCCACCGCCAAAUACACUCCGAGGUAAAGAAAUUUGUGUGCAAACUGUGCGAUGCACGCUUUUCGCAGUUUGUGGGACUGAAUUCUCACAUGAAGCGCACCCAUAAUAUCGUUCGAAACAAUUUACAAAAGGCAACCGACAUCGUGGAGACUGGAAUCAGCUAAAAAGAGUUAAAAAUGUAGUAAAUAAAUAUUCGAAAACA